AUGGCAGACACCAGACAUAUUUCGUACGGUCGCGGGGGCGCAGGGAAUAUGUCCCGAAUCUCGCCCGCACCCGAAACCGUCGGGGACAUGUCCUGCCCAACAAUCAAAGCAGAAGUCUACACCACCGGCCGAGGCGGCUCCGGGAACAUGGUCUCCAACGAUGAUCCUGAAAUCACAAGGGCAAGGCAAGAUGUUGAUGUUCCCCCGCCAGUUGUGGCGGGAACAGCCGACGAGGGAUGGUUUCACACCGGAAGAGGCGGCGCAGCAAAUAUCUAUUAUCGCUCCACUCGCGACAUCAUCCACUCCGGGGACGACGCCACUGCACACGCUCCCAUCGAAAAAACCGCAAGCAACUCCAGCAGCCUCGAGCGCAAGAAGACAGACAGCAGCCUCGAACGGAUCAAAUCAGCCAGCCAGGAAGAGAAAUCACGGAAGCAUCCCUUCGCGCAGUUCUUUGCUCCCGGGCAUCAUCGCCGCGAUCAAGAGGAUCGUGAACGCUCGAAGAGCAAAGAUCGAGACAACGCUUAG